UUUAGUAACCGUUUUACUGUUUCUUAAACAUUUUUAUAACAUGCCAAUGUCAAAACAUGAUAUUGAAGUUCCAACUUCGAUUCCUGACUUGCUAUUGGAAAAACAUGCAAAUUUCCUACUUUCCUAUGGCACUGAUAAGGAUGAAUAUAUAUAUUGUAUGACAGAACAUAUGAGAAUGUCCGGCAUGUACUGGGGUCUAACUGCAUUAGAUCUUAUGGGAAAGUUGGAACAAACUAAUCGAAAUGAGGUGCUCGAAUUUAUAGCUCAGUGUCAAACAGAAAGUGGAGGUAUAGCUGCAAGCUUACAACAUGAUCCACACAUUCUAUAUACUUUAAGUGCAAUACAAAUACUUUGUAUCUAUGAUGCUCUGGAUAUCAUUGAUGUAGAAAAAGUUGUAAAAUAUGUAAAAGAAAGACAACAAUCAGAUGGAAGUUUCACUGGCGAUAUUUGGGGAGAAGUUGAUAUGAGAUUUUCUUUUUGUGCUGUGGCAACUUUAUCUCUUCUACAUCGAUUGGAUGCAAUAAAUGUGGAUAAAGCAGUUGAAUUUGUAAUGAAGUGUAUGAAUUUUGAUGGUGGUUUUGGAUCAAAACCUGGGGCUGAAAGUCAUGCUGGUAUGAUUUACUGUUCCAUAGGACUUCUGUCAAUAACUGGUAAUCUUCAUUUAGUAGAUGCAGAUCAAUUAAGCUGGUGGCUUUGUGAAAGACAGCUUCCAUCUGGAGGAUUAAAUGGCAGACCAGAAAAAUUACCUGAUGUAUGUUAUUCUUGGUGGGUGCUUUCUGCACUCACCAUUCUUGGACGACUUCAUUGGGUUAAUAAAGAUCAGUUGGUAAAAUUUGUACUGGCAUGUCAGGAUACAGAAUCAGGAGGGUUUAGUGAUCGUCCAGGAGAUGUUGCUGAUCCUUUUCACACUCUCUUUGGUUUAACUGCACUGUCCCUCUUAAAUACUGACUAUCCUCUGAAAAAGAUUAAUCCAACAUAUUGCAUGCCAGAAUACAUAAUUCAGAGGCUACAACUGAAACCAUCGAGGCUUGACCAAAGCAAUUGACGUUUAAUUAAAAAAUCUAAUCUUUAUUCAAAUUGAAUAUUUAUGAACUAAUAUAAAAUAAGAAAAUAUAGUGUA